UGAACGUCGUGGAGAAGAGAAGUGCCAUAGGAUUGUAUUCAUUUGUGCCAUAGCUUUUGGAGAGAGACAAGCCAACUAAAGUCACCUUAUAAUAAUAAUCGUAUUAUAAGGCUUCGACUACAGUUUUAUUUUACGCAAGUGUUAAAUGGUGAUGACCUGAUUCCUGUUUGGAUUCAUCUGGAUUUAUCGGAUAUUAGUGGUUAUUAUUAUUUGACUAUUAGCCUUUUAUCACUAUUGUUUCUAUUUGCAUUAUACAUUAUUUUCAACUCCAAAUUGCAACCCCAUUAUUGUCUACUACAGUUGCCAAACUGAAUCAUCCCUGUUUUGCACCUCCUGGGGAUACAAGGCUUGAGUCUGGAUGCAUGUUUGGAAAAAUGAAGUUGAAGUGUUUUACGGUGGGCUCCAUUCGACCACCUCUAGCCUACAACUACGUCGGCAGUUGAGAUUGGCAACUGAAAACUUGAUGCUGUAGCCUAUUGUAGUUCAUUGACGGCAGAAAUAUUGUAAUUUUAUCUCCGUGUGAAACAUUCUCGAAUGUGGACCACUGCAAACGAUGUUUACCGAGGUGGCUAAUUUAAACCUCAGCUCUAAUGGAAGUAUCGAUAAUCCACUGAGCUCUCUGGAUCAAGAAUGGAACGAGCCCCCUGCGAAAAGACUGUCUCGGACUGGACACCAUGUGAUGUCCGUCUUCCUUGGAUCUAUUAUGGUUUUUGGUUUCCUCAAUAACCUGGUGGUAUUGAUCCUGUUUAUUAAGUUCAAAACUCUGCGGACUCCUGUGAACAUGCUUUUGCUGAACAUCAGCGUGAGUGACAUGCUGGUGUGCCUCUGUGGUACCACGCUCAGCUUCGCAUCCAGUCUACACGCACGCUGGCUGUACGGGAAGCACGGGUGCAUGUGGUACGGCUUCGCCAACUCUUGUUUCGGAAUCGUUUCGCUAAUCUCGCUGGCCGCCCUCUCCUACGACCGCUACAGCACCUUAACCGUGUACAACAAGCGGGCCCCCGACUACCGCAAGCCUCUGCUGGCCGUGGGGGGCUCCUGGCUCUACUCCCUGUUCUGGACAGUGCCCCCCCUGCUGGGCUGGAGUAGUUACGGCCUGGAGGGGGCUGGGACCAGCUGCUCAGUCACCUGGACAUCCCAGACGCCGCAGUCUCACUCCUACAUCAUCUGCCUGUUCAUCUUCUGUCUGGGGCUGCCUGUGCUGGUCAUGGUCUACUGCUAUGGGAGGCUGCUCUACGCUGUCAAACAGGUGGGGCGGAUCCGUAAGUCGGCGGCGCGGCGGAGAGAGUUCCACAUCCUGUUCAUGGUGAUCACUACGGUGGUGUGUUACCUGCUGUGCUGGAUGCCCUACGGCGUGAUCGCCAUGAUGGCCACCUUUGGACACCCGGGCCUUAUCACCCCCAUCGCAACCGUGGUGCCCUCCAUCAUGGCUAAGAGUAGCACCGUCAUCAACCCCCUCAUCUAUAUACUCAUGAACAAACAGUUCUACAGGUGUUUCCUGAUCCUGUUCCACUGCAAGCGGCCCAGUUCUGAGAACGGCGUCUCCUCCAUGCCCUCCAAGACCACCGUCAUCCAGCUCAACCGCCGGGGCCACAGCAACAACAUAGCCGUCACCCCCAAGCUCUCCACCGGCGCCACCCACCAUAACCACCAUCCCCACACGGUGGAGUGCAGCACUAACAACCAUGAAGUCACCACCCCCAUCUCCGAACAGACCAACCCAGACCCCAACCAAGAGAUCACCUCCUGUGGACAGCCGCGUUCCCCCCUCACUACCCCCCAAAGCCCCUCUCAACCCACCCCCCUUUUCCCCCACGUGACAAAUGCUAUCCAGUGAUCCACUGUGUCAUAUGAUAGCGUCACCACCGAAAACUCUACAGAGGAUAUGGUGUUAUCCCAGGCAUUUGUCAUGUGGUGUCGACCAAAUACUCUCCAUAGUGAUUUGUCAUCAUGAGGCCACCUCACCAACAGUCUACCCAGAAAUGAUCCAUCAUGAGGUGUUGUGUCACCAGAGAAUUCUUCUAUACGCACAGUCAGUGAUCUAAUCCACAACGUUACCCAGACAGAGAACUACCAAUAUCUUCUACUCACAAAGUGAUCUAUUCCACGUCAUCACCCCAGAAACUACACUGUGAUCCAUUAUUUUAUAGAACAGGGUACCCCAACUGGCAGCCUGCGGGUGGUUUUAAUUGCCCCCCCCAAAAAAUAAUAAUAACUAAAUAUAUAUAAUUAUUUUUUUGUGGAACUUUUAUUGUUGGACAUAAGGCUGUAAAAACACCAUGAAAUCAGUUCCAAGUGAUUUUAAUUGUGGAAAUCUGUUUUGAAAUGAUUAUGCUUUAGUAAAAUGUACAUCUGUUUGGGCUUCUUGCCCUUGCGGUCAAUUGGCAGUAAUUAUGUUCUGGCCCCCAACCAUCCGCUCAAGAAAACAAAUCCACCCGUGGCUGAAUCUAGUUGAUGAUCCAUAUUAUAAAGGGUGUGUCAACCGCCCCAACCCGUCUAGAUGGUCAACUCUGUUACUCUGUUACUCAGUAAAGGUGUAGAUAUGUUCCUGUCAAGUCUUGCCGUGAGAAAACGCAACAGUGGUGUUCACUUGAAAAUAAAAAAAAUGUGUAUUUUUCCUCGGCUUCCGUUUUCAUAUUGUUACAUGUGUUACGUCGAUAGACCCCAGAGUUGUAUUAAGACUGCAUCGGCUUUACAGUGUUGUCAUUACUGUUACAGUGCGAAAAAAGGCUUUUGUCAUAACUGUUACAGUAUGUUGUCAUAACUGUAGCCCUUUCCAAUGAUGCGCAAUAACAGACAGUUCAUCUAUGAAUUUGUUCUAAAGCAUAUAUGAAGCCUAUGUGAAUGAUGUUGGUGAAGCUGAAUGCCUUGUUUUGCAUAUGUGAUAUCAAAUCACCUGGGGCCUCAUUUAUUUGCUUAGUUUUUAUAUUACAUUUCAGCAUACCAUCAGUUCUUUAAAUAAUAUGAAGGAUCCUCACAAUGUUUAUACACAUAACUAAAAAGGUGUAAAUCACACAUAAUCAUGUUCAUUUCUAGAUCACACUAAGUUGCUAAAUCAAUAUUUUCACACCUAGUUCACGGUUAUUAAAUCACUAUAUAGCUGGGGAUUUUAACUAUUUAAGAUCAUAUCUGUGCGUAAGAACAUUUAAUAAAUGAUGCACCUGAGUGAUCUGUGUAAAGCUGGCUAGUAUUACAUUCUAAACUGGUAUUAAAUGUAUGGCAACACUGUGAAGGGAUUUUCCAUUUCAUUGCAGGGUGAGGAGGGUAAUAAACCAGAAACAGUUGGAGAAGUGUAACAGAAAAUGUGCAUGUUUGCAACACUUGUCUUGCACUCUUGAAGCCAUCAUCCCACUGGGCAAAAGAGAUGUUCAAUUGUCAGUUAACUGAAAUGUUGUUUACAGUUAUGACAAUGUGGAAACAAUGCUGAUCCAACCUGCAUUUGCUGAUCCAACCAGUAUUUGCUGAUCCAACCAGUACUUGCUGAUAAAACCAGUAUUUGCUGAUCCAACCAUGACAGCGAGGUGUUGGGAUGACAGCGAGGUGUUGUAUGAAAGCCACAACCUGUUAAAGUUACCAUCUUGCUGUGCCUGUAGUGUUGGGUCAUGUAGUAUCUAGCUUUGCAUGUUGACAUGUGCCUCAGUAUGCUACUCUAAAUGAUAUACAUAGGUACCGACCAGCUCCCAGCAGGCAGUCAACAGCCUUGCACAGUGACUGGCUGUAGCCAUCAUACAGAACUUGCUUGUCUUUAUCCACAUGACAAACUGAACAGCACUGCCUCUCACUGCCUAAUAAACUGUAACCCAAAAACAGUUAAAUAAAUGGACUGCACCCGAAAUAAAACCCUAUUGUGAGUCAUGGUCUGCCUCACUGAGUACUGCUGCUAGCGGUGAGUGGGUGUUCUCUCUCUCUCUCUCGCUGUGUGUGUGUGUGUGUGUGUGUCGGUAGCACUGUAACGUGCCCGGGGCGACACGACCCCCUCAAGCCCUCCUGCUGGGAUUCCAGGAAUUGCCAUGGGGCAAUUCCCCCCCCCAGUUUAAUAUCUCCCACUGUAAAGUGUAAAUUAAGAACAAAUCAAGAAGGGAAACAACACAAACACACACAGGAAUGAAUCACCAUUCCGCUGUUCUUUCUGGACUCUCCUCCGUACUUUCGGUCCGUGUGUGAGUGGCAAUAUUUUAUGCAGGUUUAGAAUGAUAUAGAUGCAUAAGUGUAAACAUAUGAUGUAAAACAUGUAACUGUGAACUCGCUUUGAAAAAACGAUUCAAAGUGAAACAUGUUGCUUAACUUUGACAAUAGCCCAUGUUUUUUUUUACCCUAAUCUUACCCUUAAUAUUCACAUAAUUUCUCAUAAUGUCUCACCGCUCUGCCCUUCCCAGAGUUCCAAAACAUCAAAACGGGGCACAAUAUGAAAAUGAGUAUUUGCUUAAUGAGGUUAGAUAAUCGAUAAUCGACUUCCUGGAAUGCCAAUCGUUAAUAAAUAAACAUGCAUCCUCCUGGCUACCAUUUACUUAAAGCCUGCUUGUCUCAUUGAACCAAGGAUACCACCAUAUGUGUCCUGAACUAGGCCUGCAGUAUGUGCUGCAUCUCAAUAGUUAAUAAAGUUUUGUGAAUUCGAAGCACGUUGGCUGAAGAGUGCUCCUGUCAUAGGGAACAGGGUACCAUUUCAGACACAGCGGUCAGACAGACAGAUAAAUGGAUGGAUGGGU